AUGACCCUGUUCCGCUCCCUCUUUCGGCCGAAUAAGUCAGAAUCAGAUAGGCCUUCUCGGCCUCGUCACCCUUGGCUUCGGCCACGACGCUCUCAGUCGGAAUUGGCCGUAUUGAAUGGCCGGUCCGAGCCGGCUGCAACAGCCAAAGAUACAAACACAACUCUCACGCCAACCCAGAGUGAACCCAGUGAAACGAGCGAGAGAAGCAAUCUUGUGACUUAUCAUCAUCCUAUUCAUGGAGCGGAACGUUCGUACAGCCAUGAUGAUCGAAUCCUGCCUGAUAAUAAUCCCCUUAUCGGUCCAGGACACCCUCCCGAGAGCGUUGAGCCUCAAGAGCUGUCCCGAUCUCAACCGGGCUCCCGGCGCCUAAGAAAUCUGAUGUCUCGCCUCCGCUUGAGCAGAUCUCAUGACCAAAGUUCCGUUUCAGAGGAGCCAACCCCCAGUGCAUUGCAGGGUGCAAGGGAAAUCACAAAGGAAGAAACGAAGGCUGCUACGACCGCACAAGAACCACUUUCCCAGAACCAGCCGAACGUUGAGCCUGAACAGAAUCGAAAUGUGAGCGCCCAGACAGUCCAGUCCCAUGAAUCAAGCAAUACUACCAUCGUAUAUCGACCUUCCUCACCACGCAUUCCGUUGUCUGUUCAAGAGCUGGGAGGGGAUUUGGCUUGGGAUGAUCUACUGAACUUUGAUCAGGACAGUGGACACUUGCCAGAAAUAUCGGAUCCUUUUUCAGAUAGCAAGAACUCUGAUCCUCAUCAUCGAGCUCUUACAUCGUCCAGAUAUAGCGAGGAGGCCAUCCGGAAAUCUGAGGCAUCGCGUCGAUCGCAUAGGCACAGCGAGACUGAGAGUUCCACAUUGGCCAACUCCCAUACUAGCAGCCAGCACCGCAGCCAGCAGGACUCCCAUAGUCCUCACAGCUCACAUCAUCUCUCGACUCAGCGGAAUAGCUCUGGAAGCAGUCAGUCAAGUCGAAACAGUCGAAUGAGCCGCCUCGACCCAUCCAAGGCGACUGUUGCAUUCAAUAUGCUGGCGGGCAAGUUGAACGUUGCACUUUCUAUCCCUACAGAUGAUCUCAUGAUCGCUUCAUCUGAAGAUCCAGCAGCGACGCAAGCUGACAGCUCAAUUCUGCAUCGACGCCACCGUUUUCUUGGUCGAGUGCGUCCAGUGCAGUCCAACGCAGCGCUUGGGGAAACUUCGCAGCCACCCUCAUCAAAAUUACGACGGGCAAAGACCUUUGCUAGCUUUGCUCGUCGACCGGAGCCCAUGGUUUCUCUGCGCGGCAAGUCCAUCGAAACUCUUGCUCGUCUAGGAGGCCAUAGCUUCAUCAUCCUCUCGGCUGACCUGGCACCCUGCCCUCUGCAGCUGCCCGCCUGCAUUGUGGCAACGGUGAUGUACCUGCGGAGAUUUGGUCUCAGCGCCGCCGAACUUUUCCUUGAGCCAGGCGACUUAAAGAGUGCGAUUAACCUGUACGACCACUUUGCAAGCCAAGUACUGUCGGCGGAAAAGGAGGAAUCUAAAAUCGCGAUGACCAUGCGCGUGGUGGCCAUGCCCCACUGGGAGGAUGAUGCCGAACCUGUCCUGGUACUCAGUGUGGGCUGGACCCUCAAGGCUUUGCUAAGCGGACUACCCGGGGGCAUCCUCGGCUCUCCCCGCCUGUACCAAACCCUGCGGGACAUCUGCCAUACCGAAGGGAUCCCUGUGGCGGGCCGUGUUCGGCUCAUUACGCUGGCGAUUGUCGCGCUGACCAGUGAGAUGCAAUGCGCCCUCCUCUGCGCGAUUUUUGGACUUCUCACCGGCUUGCUCCAAGAGCCAGCGAGUCCCGAGCUUGCACUGCAUCCACACCAGCCUCAGGCGCCGGCCGAACAGGCGGCACCCGGGACUGUCGUCCGGCCUGUGGCAAGUGUGUCGAAAGCCGAUAGAUUGGCGCGGGUAUUUGGACCGCUGCUGAUCGGGACUGGCCCGCGCGAUCACAACCACGCCGUGCAACCGAAUCCAGUGGAAGCCGUGGAGCAAGAGAUCGCCGAGGACCGCGUGGCGGGGAUGUUACUCGAGCACUGGCGCAGCGUGAGUCGUAAUCUGCGGGACUGGGCUAGCGCGCCCUCGCGCGGGGCAAUGGGAAAGCGGGAGUGA